AUGGCCAAGAUCCAGCCCCUGCCUCUGCCUGCAGCUGCAUCAUCGCCUCCCUCCUGCUCUCCCUCAGGGGAUGAGCGGCGGAGCCUCCAGAAGCAGGCAGAGUACACGGUGUGGAUGAAGUCGCUGGUCUUCAACGGCAACGGCUGCACCGUCUACGGCGCCGACGGCGGCGUCGCCUUCCGCGUCGACAACUACGGCUGCCGCGGCGGCCGCGAGGUGUUCCUCAUGGACCGCGCCGGGAAGACCCUCAUCAGGGUCCAAAGGAAGGGCCUCCCUGGGGUGUUCAGGAGGUGGGAGGCCUGCCGGUGCUCUGAUGACGGCGAGGAGACGACGACGCCGUGGUUCAGAGUGCAAAAGAUGGGUGCUGGGAAGAACGGAGCCACCGUGACGAUGACGCACCAUGUAAGUGGUGGCAGCGGGCCCGCGUACACGAUCCAAGGGUGCACUGGCAAGUCGGGCUACCAAGUCACCGGCGCUGGCGGCGCGGUCGCGGCGGCGGUCGAGCAGAAGCGGACGCCGUCCGGGGUUGCGCUGGGGGACGAUGUCCUGACGCUGGCGGUGGGGGCCGGGACGGAUCAUCUGCUCGCCUUGGGUUUGGUGGUCAUCUGUGGCCUGAUGAAUCGGUGCUUGUGA